AUGGCAAAGGCUCCAGAACAAGAACACCCUGUGAAGGCCUUUGGAUGGGCUGCUAGAGACACAUCUGGCCACCUCUCUCCCUUUAACUUCUCCAGAAGAUCAACAGGUGAUGAGGAUGUGAGGUUUAAGGUGUUGUAUUGUGGGAUAUGCCACACUGAUCUUCAUAACAUCAAGAAUGAAUGGGGUAUCUCUUUGUACCCUAUGGUUCCUGGGCACGAGAUUGUGGGGGAAGUUACAGAAGUGGGAAGCAAGGUGAGUAAAGUGAAAGAAGGAGACAAAGUGGGUGUGGGCUGCAUGGUUGGUGCUUGCCAUGCAUGUGAGAGCUGUAACAGCAACCUUGAAAACUACUGCCCCAAAAUGAUACUUACCUACGGUUCCAUUUACGCCGACAGAACUGUCACAUAUGGAGGUUACUCGGACACAAUGGUCGCCAAUGAGCGCUACAUUGUUCGUUUCCCCGAGAACCUGCCACUUGACGCUGGUGCUCCUCUACUUUGUGCAGGGAUCACAGUUUAUAGUCCCCUGAAGUAUUUUGGCUUAGCCGAGCCUGGUAAGCAUGUUGGCAUUGUAGGCCUUGGCGGGCUUGGUCACGUUGGUGUGAAAUUCGCUAAGGCCUUUGGGGCAAAAGUGACUGUGAUUAGUACCUCCCCUAGCAAGAAAGAUGAAGCUCUGAAGCAACUUGGGGCUGAUUCAUUCGUGGUUAGCCGCGACCCCCAGCAAAUGCAGGCUGCCAUAGGAACACUGGAUGGCAUCAUCGACACAGUCUCAGCUGCGCAUCCCAUUGUGCCCUUACUUGGUCUUUUGAAGCCCCAUGGGAAACUUAUUCUGGUGGGCGUACCAGAAAAGCCACUUGACCUCCAUGUGUUUCCUUUAAUCAUGGGAAGGAAGUCGGUGGCGGGUAGUGGAAUCGGAGGAAUGAAGGAGACCCAAGAAAUGAUUGAUUUUGCAGCAAAACAUAAUAUAACGGCGGAUGUUGAAGUUAUCUCAAUGGAUUACGUGAACACAGCAAUGGAGCGUCUCGCUAAGAAUGACGUUAGAUACCGAUUUGUGAUUGAUGUUGGAAACACACUGGCUGCUAGCAAAGAUUGAAGACUCAAGAAGGGAAAUAAUUAAUGAAAUGUGUUGGUCUAAGUAACUAAAUUUCAUCCAAGUACGUAGGUUGAUUAGUGUAUGAGACGGUUUAUUUUGCUUCUCUUCGCUAUUUGAUAUUUCAAAUAAGAAAUGUUGGAAUCUUAUUGGUCUUACUAAUUAUGAUAAGGUUAAAUAUGUUGUUAAA